UGUGUUACCUAAGAUUUUAAUGUGAUUUUACAUAUUUAAAAAAACACGUUUAGAGUCAUAUAAAUCUGCAUAUAUGUAUAUAUGAGGAAUAAGAAUGCAAGACACGGUUACCUAGCAACGUUCUUACAAACACAGUGCCACUCUAAAUGUCAAGCUACCUGAAUUGUACAGACUUAGUCAGCUGAUGUGAGACUAUAGAAUUUGUAGUGCUAUCAUUAUUCGCGUUACUUUUUAUAAAUCUUUGCAGAGAUCAGUAUAUCAAACAAAUCUUUUUACGUCUUUUUUGAUAUCCAUAAAAAUGGGUCCCAAGAAAGCAAAAGGAAAAGUGACAGAUAACGUUGAUGGAGUAGACACAUCAAAAAUGAAUAGGGAGCAAUUAGAGAUAUAUGCUCAUAAGAUAUUGGAAGAGAUGGAACGCGAACGAGAGGAAAGAAACUUUUUUCAACUAGAAAGGGAUAAAUUACGAACUUUUUGGGAAAUUACAAGGCAUCAGCUGGAUGAGGCACGUGCUAUAAUCAGAAAUAAAGAACGUGAGAAAGAAGAAUUGGCAGAAAAUCACGAAGCUGAACUCAAAUUAUACAAGCAGAAAGUGAAACACUUGAUGUAUGAACAUCAGACUAAUUUAUCUGAAACUAAAGCUGAUCAUCUAGUUGCUCUUAAACUGGCGCAAGAUGAUCAUGUUUUGCAAGAAAAUGAGCUUAUUAAAGAUAAAACAGAUCUAAAAAAAACGCAGAAAGAACAGGAAUUGGCAUAUAUGAAUGAAAUUCAUGCAUUGAAAUUGCAUAAUUCGGAGGAAAUGAACAAUAUGAUGAAGAAAUUUGAGUCUGAAGCGAUAGAAUUGGAGCAAAAAUAUGAACAAAAAUUAACUAGCCAAUAUGAGUCCUUAAUAUUGAAGCAUCGCAUGGAAAUAACUGAAGUGGAAGAGAGAAAGAACGCGCAAAUCGCAAAUCUGAUAAAGAAUCACGAGAAUGCAUUUACCGAAAUGAAAAAUUAUUACAAUGACAUCACUUUGAAUAACUUAUCGUUAAUUAAAAGCAUGAAGGAACAAAUGGAAGUAAUGAGAAACAGUGAAGAACGUAUGAAAAAGCAAGUACGAGAACUAACAACGGAGAAUAAAAAAUAUUUGGCUGAGCUGAAAGCUUUGCAAGAAACGGCUGCCGACCUAAAUCGUCAGCUUGCAAAUUACGAGAAAGACAAACAAUGUCUAGUUAAUACAAGACGGAGAUUGUCCGCAGUGACGAAGGAUCUAGAAAAUUUAAAAUGGGAGAAUGAGGUUCUGGAGCUGCGUUUUGAAAAAUGUCAAUCCGAGAGAGACGAAUUACAUUCUAGAUUUGUUUCGGCUAUAUUUGAACUGCAACAGAAAACUGGUUUAAAGAAUGUAUUAUUAGAAAAAAAAUUAGAAAAGCUGUCAGAUUUACUGGAACAACGCGAGGCGCAGAUAAGCGAAGUAUUAGCUGCUGCUCAAUUGGAUCCUGCGGCGGUGGUUAGUGUAAAUAAAAAAUUAGAGGAUAUGCUUAACAGAAAAAAUACUGCAAUACAAGAUUUACAAUAUGAAUUAGCAAAAGUGUGUAAAGCACAUGACGAUUUGUUAGCCGCUUAUGAAAGUAAAUUGCAAGAAUAUGGAAUUCCCAAGGCUGAACUUGGAUUUCAGCCCUUGAGGAUGAAGAUAACCGGUGCAAAAUUGGGCUUAGGUCCAGCUGGUCUCGUUACCGUAAAUCAGUAAUACAUUUUAUAAAUGUUUAUAAUCGCUUUACAGAAAUUUUAUAUAUCUUGUUUGAGAAAAUAGUGUCGAUAAGUGACAUAUUUUAUUGCUACUUUUACACGGUUUAAUGAAAAAGAUAAUAAGUUUUUAACAAACGGUACAAUAUUUGAAUAUUUGACACAUGUUUAGUACAGGAUAUUUGAUAAUAUGCAUAUUUAAUGUGUUUAACAAUACUUUCUCGAAAAUAUGAUAAAAAACGAUUGGAAAAACCUAAAACAUUUCAACAUGAUACAUAGAAUUAAUUUUGACACAGAGUAUUUUUAUUCUGUAAAACAAAUACAUUUUAGCUUAUGCGUUAUGUCCUCAAAAAUUACAUAAAAUUAUCACAGAGAAUGUACAGAGUAGACUGUAUCGAUGCCUGGAAGUUGUAUAGUCUCAGCAAUUAUUCAACAUAUUUACGCUUUCAUGUUUCUAUCUAUAUCUUUCGUCGCAGUUAAUGUUGACAAUGAAAAAUCUGAUAUUGCACAUAACUCAUACAUUUUUAUGAUUCCAUACUAAUUAUAUAAUUUUCCUUUAUGCUUCAAUAUUUUGUUACAUAUCUAACAACUGACAGGCACAAAUACAUUGAAGAUACAUUCAUAUAUAGAUAUUAACAUAUAGAUAUUAGACACUGACUAGUCUAACUUGUAAAACACUGUAAGUCAAAUACAUCAGGUCACAUGGUUAAUAAACUUCAAACACUG